AUGGUCAGAGGAACAAGCGCCAUCGUCGCAUUGUGUACUUUCUAUGCAAGUGGCGCAGCACUCCAAAUUCGACCUGCAGCCCUUGGGGAUGCAACAUACGACUAUGUUGUUGUUGGUGGCGGAACAGCCGGCCUCGCAAUCGCCUCUCGUCUCUCAGCUUUCGCAUCAGUAGCCGUGAUCGAGGCUGGUGGUUUAUAUGAGCAGGACAAUGGCAAUCAGUCUGUCAUUCCAUAUUACGGACUUGUGAUGCCUGUAUUGGGCACAUCCGAGGACUACCCAGCCAACCCCCUCAUCGACUGGGACCUACUAUCAACACCGCAGGAAUCGGCCGGAGGGCGACGUAUUCAUUAUGCGCAAGGCAAGACGCUUGGAGGUAGUUCCGCCCUUAACACGAUGUCGUACCAUCGCGGGACUAUCGGUUCGUAUAAGCGAUGGGCAGACAUGGUUAACGAUCAAAGCUACACUUUUGAUCGGCUUCUGCCAUACUUCAAGCGAUCUGCUACGCUUACGCCUCCAAAUCUCGCAAAAAGGAAGGCACCAAACGCCACUGUCUUGUAUAACCCCAACGCGUUCGACAACUCCUUGCGCGGGCCUCUGCAAGUAUCUUGGGCAAAUUGGGUUGAUCCGGCACAGAGCUGGCUGGCUCGCGCUCUACAGGCGAUUGGACAGAAACUAAAUCCCCUUGGCCUCAGCAGUGGAAUUGUGAACGGAGGGUCUUGGGUUCCUACGACGAUCCAUCCCAGCGAUGCAACCCGAAGCACAUCUAAGAGCAGUUAUCUGGCAUCUGCGCUCCGGAAUAAGAAUGCAAGAAUCGCAAUAUACUUGCGAUCCCAAGCGUCAAAAGUGAUGUUCGACCGCGCGAAGAGAGCCACCCGAGUGGCUGUGUCCAGUGGUGGUCGAAACUUUAUAGUUUCUGCAAAGAAAGAGAUCAUCGUCUCUGCUGGCGUGUUUCACUCUCCCCAACUGCUCAUGUUGUCAGGCAUCGGUCCUGCAUCCACGCUCCACUCUCACUCCAUCAACGUCGUUUCAGACCUUGGGGGCGUCGGUCAGAAUCUUUGGGACCAGAUCUUCUUCAACGUUCUACGAGGAGUCACCGCGCCAAACACGGGCACAUACAUCACUACGCCAGCACAGCAGGCCUUGGCUGUGACGCAAUACCUCUCAAAUGCAGCUGGACCAUACAGCUCUGCAGGAGGCUAUUUAUCUUUCGAAAAGUUGCCCGCGAAAAGUCGUGCAACUCUUUCGCCCCGUACCUCGAAUCUGCUUGCAAAGUUUCCCUCAGACUGGCCGGAGAUUGAGUACAUCGCAUCCGGCUUUCCAGGUGAUUUCCUCAAUCUAACGACGGUUGGUGUAAUCAGUGGCACUUUGCUCACACCUGCCUCAAGAGGCAACAUGACUAUUAGCAGCGCUUCCAUCGCUGACCCCCCAGUCAUCAAUCUCGGCUGGUUGAGCGAUCCUGCCGAUGGAGAGGUUCUUGUUGCUGCUUUCAAGCGCGUGCGCGAAGCAUGGAAUAGUACCGCGAUCGCGGGUGUUGUUAUCGGCCCAGAAAUUACCCCGGGCGACGCGGUCUCCACUGACGAGCAGAUCCUCAACUUUAUUAGAACAUCAGCACAACCAAUCUGGCAUGCAAGUUCCACAUGUGCCAUGGGUAGAGCAGGAGACAAGGCAGCUGUAGUAGAUUCCAAGGCUAGAGUGUUUGGUGUGAAAGGCUUGAGGGUUGUUGAUAACUCUGUCAUUCCGUUCAGCGUGCCUGGUCACCCUCAAAGUUCAGUGUAUAUGCUCGCCGAGAAGAUCGCCGAGGAUAUCCAAAUGGGGCAUUGA